GUGCAGGCCGUGCAGCUGUUUUGCUCUAAUCCGGUGGCUACGGGCGGCGCAGCGCGGCGUUCCGUUGUCGAUGCCAAUCGAAAAAAUGGCGAUGUCGAGGGUGGAGGAUUUGAAUGCAGCCGCGAAAUAUAAGUUUAAAAAACGUGGACAACGUUCUCCGGCGGCGAGUCGCGACGUCGUCGUCGUCGUUCUCUCUGCGUUUCCGUUCACUCUCGACGUGCUCGAUACGGAUCUCGUGAGUGCGGCGCGCGAGAAAGCGAUUAUCCGAAACGAAAAUCUCCACGUACGCGCACGUAGUAACAAUUAAUAAUACGUCCGCGCGAACGAUAAUUGCGAUAACGUCGCGGCGGAACAGCCUCGUUUCGAGGGGCGAAAGGGCGAGACAUCGCUUUUUUUUUUGUUUUUUUUUCUUUUCAAUCCAUCGAAUUCGAGAAACACCGACGCGGCUGCACGUUGGUAGCAGUGCACCACAAUGUUUGCCAUUUGUUGCCACUCAGCUCAGUGUUGACUGUUGAGACGCAAUAGCGCAUUGUAGUGCAUCCGAGGAGCGUUGUUUGGGCCUGAACCUUGUGACGCGGCCGAUGCCUCGAUGAGGUUACCCGAGGAUAUCGCGACGUGUACUCGACGCAAUCAUGGAAGCUCUACUGCCGUCCGAGAUCGCACGACUGGUGCUCGGUUAUUUGGAAGAUCAGAAGUGUGCUGAAGCAGCCAAAUUAUUUUUAGAGACGUCUCCGCACUUGCAAGAAUGCCGUGCGGUACUGUCUUGCGGCAGGAGAUUCAGCACCAGAGUCAACGGUCUAACGUUGAUGGAUAUCGUUGAGAAAUUUUCAGCCAUCAGUGCUAUGAUUCAAGAACGAUUAAGCAAAGCCACUGACUGUGAGCAGUUAAAGCAUUGCGAUCUGAUAGAGCAGCUCAAGUUUCUCGUAGAGGAGCCACGUGGUCAGCGAUUUGUUGUAAAUAUAAAUGUACCUUCACAGAGUAACGCACAAACAUCAAAUGGCUCGCCUAUUACUGCAAGCAAUAUACGUAAGAGGCAUCACAGUAAUAGUGAGCGGAUUAAACGUAAUAUUAAAGCCCAGUUGAAUUUAAUACAACAAUCUGACAUCGUGAGUCCACCAAGUUGCCACAAUGUUGACACAACCCCGCUAGAGAGUCUGCCUGGAAAUGUUGAUUUGUUAAAGCAGAUAGAAUGUGCUACGUAUACAGUCGAGAAAAAGGAUGACAAUUUCACGCAGGAGCCUCACAGACAGUGUGAUUCCGAUAAAAAUAAUAGUACAAAUAGUGUUGCCACGCGUGAUAGAAACAAUAGUACUCGGAUAAGUUCAGACGAUGUCUCAAGUGUACGAAGUUGCGAGAUGGACGUUGAUGAUAAGAAAAAGGAAGAAAGUAGCGCGAUUAGCGCAAUACCUAAACGUUAUACUGCAGCCACAAGUACAGAGGAGCUGUUGAGUUUUUCUAGUGCGGAAGUCCAAACUACUCCUUAUGAGAUACCCGAGUCAGAGUCCGAAUCUAAUGAACAUAUUGAAAAUCUCAGUAUAUUAACGAAAGAAAUCUUGAAUCGUACAGAAUUACAAGAAUGUAUUGCAGAGAAUAUCAACAAAGCGAUCAUUCCUACAGACUUAUCCUUGAAGAACGAGAACUUGAACGAAUCAAUUGUCGGUGAAGGGAACACUUCAAUUAUGGCUGAGUUAAAUAAUGCUUUCAAGUCAAUCGUUGAAGCAACCGAGUCCGAUCCUGUAUUCGAACAAUUUAUCGAGGAAAUAAUUGGAUCGAGGAAAUCGAAUACGGAAACGGACACAAGUCCAGAGGAAGAUGGCGAAGGAAAGCUGAGCCCAAAGUCUGUUAAUGAAAUACAAGAGAAACAAAUGGACACAGGUAUGGGCAAUAUCAGUUCACCAGAGCCACCAGUGGUAAUGGAUACAAAAGUAUCAGCGGAGGACGGCACGGCGGAUGUGCCUUUAAAGCACAGGCUUCGUAGUUCUUCAAGGCAACAAUAUAACAGAGUCGAAGACGAAGUCGACAAGGCGAGAGAUCAGGAGAAAGAUCAGAGCGCUUUGGAGGAUCAAAACGCAGCCGCAGUGUUAAGUAUUAUAAACGCCAACAUUAUUAAUAGCGUGUCCGACGGUGAUAAAAAGACCCUUAACGCAAAGGAAUCAGUAGCCGCGAAUGACAAUGAACAAAAAAUGCAAGCGAUGGCAGCUACGGUAAAUAAGAAUGAUGUUGUAAAACCCUUAACGGCGACGGACGUACAGAAAACUAAUAACGCUACGCUACCUGCAAACAGCAAUGCACAGUCUAAAAUUAGAAAGUCCACAGUAAAGCGACCAAGACCUACGAAACUCAAACGCGAUCAAACGACCAGCGAUAACCAGUCCAGUUCUGCCCAGUCCAGUGCGAUUCAGCCCAUAACGGAACACGAGAUCAUGACUAUGCCAACACUGAUAGUGUGUUCGAAAGACGAGGUGAACAAUAUUUUGAUAAAUCACUCGUCAACAACUAUUAAGUCAACCUCCACUUCGCGUUUUAUUCCGAUCGCGCCAAAAGAGCCAGGUACAAUUAAAGAAACUUUAUAUCUAAGGACGGUAAACGUAGCGCAGCAAAUACCUAUAGCCAAAACACUGCCGUCCGUGGCGGAAGAGCCAAACGAUCCCGCGAAUCAGGUGGAAUUAUUACAGUCGGCAGGGGAAAACGAUAACGUGAACGAACAUUGAACCAUCCACAAAACUGACGCGACAGCACCCGUCAUCGGUAUUGAUCAACAGGUAUUAAAUCGUGCACCGGCAGAACCGGUGCAAACUGGCAAGACCGUCGGAGGUGAGUCGAUAACGCUUUACAGUAAUGAAACCAGCGCGAGAACGUCACUGGACAGCACCAAAAUGCCUAUGAUCAAUCUGGAGGAGAAUAUCAGCCUGUCGAACAGCGGAUUUUCUCCAUAUUUGAAAUUCAACUGCAGCAGGACCAACCAAAGCCAUAAUCUCUCGGACAUUGAUUUAGCGCCCGUCCCGAUGGAGACCGCGCGGAAUACUGCGACGAAUAACAGCAGCAGAAUCAACCAGUCAUCCAAGAACGUCGAUAUUAUCACUAAACGCACGCCGAAAUCUCUGUUGAAAAGUAGAUCAAAAAAUCAUCGAUUAAGCUUGUCCACGCCGCGCAAACGUAGCAGUCACAUAAGGGCGCUCGACUUUAGCACGCCUACGAAAACGGCGAGGAAAACGAACGCGGACGGAAACGCCCAGUUUUCGUCGUCGGCAAAACGUUUGAAAUCCGUCUGUCGGACUUCGUUAUUCAGAUCACCGGCGCUUUCCAAUAAUACCUCCGCACAAAAGCAAAAGAGUCCGAUGAAAGUCAGUCAGCCCUAUAGAAUUCCCAUAGCCACCAGAAGCCCCGCACCGAAGCUCAUGGGUGGCUGGGACAAGUGUAAUGGCGUCGGUGUCAUUAUAGGUGAGGUGUCGCCACACGGGAGUACCAGCGCGUCUUGUUCCUCGUCCGAGGACAGGGUCGUCCAACACAAGUCGUCUAAGCCACCAGCGGGAAGUUGGGACGCUGAUUUACGCAAGAAUAUAGAAUCGAAUGAGAGGGACGAGCCGGAGAAGGAUGAGCCGGAAACCAAGAGAUCUUUAAAGAAGAGAAAAAAUUCUUUCAAAGAUAAAAAUGAUGUGAUACGUAAGAAGACUAAAUACAAUUCUCGAUCGUCGAAGAGUAACGACGAUAGAAAAACUGGCGGUAAACCGAACAGGAAGUUUAAGCAUGAUGCGGAAGACACCAAUGAACCGGAGGAAAAUUUUCAAGAGAUACAAACACAAGCAGAGUCGAAAAGUAACGAGAGAGAGAAUAUAACGAAAGUUGCUGUUAAUAUUGUAGAUUCCGUCACGAGCAAGUGUGAGAAAACCAGAGCCGGUGAGACAUCGAUAAAAAUGAAUUGUACAAACGCGUCCAACGUCGAUGCGGCGGCAGUCGAGAAGAAAAAACCUGUGAAAAAGUACGCGAAGCUGAAGACAAUAUCGACCAAUUUAAGGAAGUCCAAUAACGAGACAGAGAAGAGCACGGAGGUCGCGCAAACCAAUUCGCAAGUGUCCGAGAUGUCGAGAAUUUUAUCCGUGGACAGCACGCAGCAUGUUCUGCGAAUGCCCGAUAUGAUAAGCUUGGAGACACCUAGGAAGUUCGACGACAUGUCCGGUCCUCCACCGACGCCGAGGGUGCUGAGUCCCAGUAGCAGUCUGAUUACGCCAUUUAUCAAGAUCAGCGAGGACUCCACGAAGAUACGUAGCUUCAUCACCACCCCGGAAUUCCCGAUAACCCCGGGCGUGGCUAUAACUCCAACCUCGAAGGAGGAGACGACGAGGGAUAUUAUCAAGAGAAACGAGUACAAUUCCGCGUACUACAAGCCCACGUCUGAGCAAGCUCAGGAUUCUGAUCUGAAGGCAUCCAAGCCUAAGGACAGCGUUACGCAGGAGUCGCCAAUUUUAUCGUCGUCGCACAUAAAAUUACACUCGACGCACAACAGUCUCAGCUCCGGUGAUGGUUAUCAGGCGUGUACCUCUUCUAAACUGGAGAUAACGGAGUUCGAGGUGAUUAAGGAGAAUUUACCGAGGGAGGAGGCCAUCAAGGAGUUCAAGAUCGCGUCCAAAGAUUCGGGAAGCGCAGUAGAACUCAACGCUUCCAUAGAUCACGUGGAUCUGAGACAGAUAAACGAAUUCAAAGACGAGCAUCAGGAGGCAAUGAUCGACGCCAAUGAUUCUCACAAUGACUCUGUGGAAAGCAGCUCUUCGUCAUCCGACACGUCGUCGUCGUCGUCGUCCUCCUCCUCCUCUUCCUCCUCUUCCUCCUCCUCGUCGUCGUCCAGCAGCUCGAACUCGAAUACGUCGUCGAAUACGUGCUCGCCAAACGGGAAAUGCGACAAAGCCCCGAAUAAAACUAGCACGGACAUCAGUAGCGACUUCUUCGCGGAGAAGGGCGUUAACGCGCCGAAAGAUAUAAAUGACGCGUCGAAUAUACCAAGCGACGCAUGUAAACAGUCGGGCGUUGCGAUCGAAACCGAGUCUUCGCCGAAGAAAGUAUUCGCGAUCGCGAAAACCGACGAUCAACUGAAGAGUACGAUCAAGGAAACCCCGGCUAAAGACGAGACUCUGUUGAACGAAGCUGAUAUCUCGGAAACGCCCAGCGGCUCGAAAAGCGGAGUGGAAACGAUUAACUUGACGACGAAGAUAUCGGCGAUUAUGACGGAGGACGAGAAAUUGUCGAGAUCGAACAAGCCGCCGAAGGGUGGCGGUAAGGUACAAAUGGACAAACAGCCGAGAGCACAGCCGAAGAUAAUAGACAUACAGUGUAUCCGGCCAGGAUCAUCGAAAUACAUCGAGUUUGUAAAGCCGACCAAAGACGAUUGCCAAUCCGAGCAGAGCGCACCCGCGCAUAACAAGUUGAUUCACCAGCAGAUAUUGGAAGAGAAACGACAGCGCAUCAUGGCUAAGAUCAAAGAUAAUUCGAAGGUGAAUCUUGGUCCCGGUGGGACGAAGCGUAAGCGCAUUUUAACGAGCAAAGCCGCCGACGCUCUGAAGAAGUUCGGCAGAGGAAACCGAGGUGUACGUCCAACGGUCAAAUAUCCCAGAGAUGUCAAUAAGAAUACAGAGCCGCAGGAUAAUCGACGGGAAACCUCGGGAAGAAGUACGCGAAGGAAAUAUGAGCCGCAGAAACAGAAUCUCGCGAAUAAUUGCUGUGAUAACGGGGAAGAAACGACGGGCCGAAUUGCCGCGUCGAAAAGUACAGAUCCUAGCUUAUUAACGAAUCACGGGAAUAACGGUGACAAGCCGCUCGAUGAUUAUGCGACAAAACAAUUACGCGAAAGUAAUAUUUAUGGAAAUAAUACAGCUGGAAAUUGUAAAAGCGAAUCCGCGCAACCGCUUAAUUCCUUAUCAGAAGAUCAAGAUUAUUUAAAAGAGAUGCCAGAUGCGAAGGCGGGUGUGGAGGAGAACUGCAGUAUUAAAAGUAAUAUCGACGAAAAAGGAACGGGAGAAACGCUUAAAAAUACUAACGUACAGGGAAAGAUCUUAAAGAAGGAAACAAAUUCGGAGAAAUAUAUUGUGCAAGAAACAUUAGCUCCGGACAAGGUAAAGCCUGAUCAAACGGAAGAUAAAGUAACGAAACUGAGACAGUUUUCAAAUCACGUUGACGUUAAGUCCGACUACGAAAUAAUAUUAAGGCACAAGGUGAAUCAGGUGAAGCGCGACUUAUUUAGCGACGAGGAGAAUGAUCACAGAACACCUUCGACCGUAAGUGCGAAAGAUAAAACCAAAAGAAUCGCCGAUGCGGAAGUUCAAAGUUCCAGUCUCGUUGAAGCUCCCCUCCCGGGCAGGAAGGAGAACGCCAACGUCGAGAAUCCCAAGCAGGAGUUAUCGACCGUUCUCCAGUGUUUGCAAUUAGUGCCCGCGUCCAAGAAGGAGAAUUUGCACAAUGAAAAUAAAAAUCAAAGCGAACAGGAGCACAAAGAGCGGAGCGAGCCUGAAGGCGAACCUGAAGGUGAUAAUGAGUCGGCCAUUCAAACGGCCAAUGUUUGUAAUUACAAAGCCGAGUAUCACUUUGUGUACGACGACAGUGUACCGAUGAGAAAGAGAAGAAGGAGGUACAGCGGACAUGAGUUGCAGAUCGAGAUAAAUUAUGCGGACCUCUCGGAUCCGAAUCCCGUUGAGUGCAUCAAGAUAAUGAAAGCUACCGAGUUCGAGGAAAUAUUUAAUCUCCCGCCUAAGAAACGAACAGCGAAUAAAAAAUCACGCGCGAAGAAUGAAAAAAUUUGCGAAACACCUAAGACAGACAAGGACAUGUUCAAUCUAAAAGAUGUCACCACAAAACCUCUGGCCACGUCAUCUCCUGUAGACGAGCCAUCGAGAGCUAAAACGAAGAAGGCAAUUGUUAAAACUGCUGCGACAAACAAAACUAAUAAUGCGCAGUCUGAUGCAAAGAAAAAGCAAAAGCCGGAUAAACAGGAGAAAGAUAUUACUACCAAGAGCCGAAAAAGAAAACUGUCAGAAGCAAAAGAAACCAAACAGGCUGAGAAGAAAUGCACGACUGAUCCGCAAAUAUUACUCAGUAACUUCGAUGAAGUAGACCUGAAUAAAUUCCUGUCUACAGUUCACGGACCUGAAUAAAUGCUCUCUCUCUCUCUCUCUAUUGUAUAUAUGUAUAAAAGAUGUAAAUAUAUUAUCUUUUCUAUUUUUAUAUAAUUAUAGUGUUAGAACAUUAGAAGUAAAGUAUUAUAAAGUAUUUUGUUAUUCGGAUCUAGAUUAUUCAACAUUUACUUCUUUUCGUGACUUUCAUGUCACUUCCAUGCGAUUAGCAUUUUUUAAUUAAUAAAAUUUUUUUAAAUUUGAA